AAGCUGUGAAGUUUGUUUUGGAUUUUUGGAUCUCAAGAAUACAAGAAGGGAGCUGUGUUAAAUUUUGUUCAAAAAUCCGAAAUAUCAAUUAGAAUCCUUUAUAAUACUGUUUUAAGCUUAGUUAUUUUCAAAUUUUGUUAAAGUUUUUUGUUAGGAUAUUGCUAUAUUUUUGUAGAUAUCUUUUAUUGUGAUAAAUAUAAAUUGAGCCGUAUAGUCAUUAGUCAAAGGACGUUGGGCGUAAAAAGAAAAUGGCGUGUGCAACUUUGAAAAGGAAUUUGGAAUGGGAAGCUCAGCCUGCUAAAAGGCGUAGAUGUUCCCCUUUGGCUGCAAGCUCAAGUACAAGUCCAAGUACAAGUGUACGAGUUGAGUCUAAAACCGGAGUAUUUGGAGAAACACUUAGUGCAUCUGUGAAAAUGACUCCAGAGCGUAUGGCACAGGAGAUUUAUGACGAGAUUAUUCGCUUACACCGUCGUCGCCAACUGCGUAUGGUAUCUGGCGCUGCUGCCUCCUGCUCAAGCUCCAGUGGCAGUGAGGGAGAUGCUUCUCCACCACAUGUAUCUGCUCAUUCUGAGAAGGGGCGUACUAUUAAAAACAGAGCACUAUUCACAUUCAAACAAGUGCGUAUGAUUUGCGAGCGUAUGCUCCGCGAGCAGGAGGCGGCUCUUCGCGCCGAGUACGAAUCUGCUCUGAGUACUAAGCUUCACGAACAGUACCAGGCCUUUGUGCGCUUUAACCUGGAUCAAGUGCAAAGCCGACCGCCGCCUGCCACAUGCAUGCCGCUCGGGAUGGACGCCGAACAUCACAUGCACCAAGAUCUUGUGCCUAGCUAUCUGUCCUAAUAACAUGAGCGUUUGAGGGCUGCAGUUAUAUCAAGACAAACAUAUUUUGGUAUAUGUGAAUAUUAUGGGUUAUCAUAACGAUAGCCAUUUAAGAUUUGUGAUUGCUAGCGGAACUCGCCUGCCUAUAACUCGCCAUGUCUACAGUAUUACUUAAUUUCCUAUUUAAAAUUCAGUGUAAUGAUAAAUUCAAAAACAUCUCUUAAAUAUUAAGACAUUGUUUGAAGAUAAUUUUCAAAUGAAUUCAAUUUUAGUGUUCAUAUUUGUUGCGAUGUUAACAAUGUGACAUGUAACAAAUACUAACUUUAAUCCAAAUUUUACAAGGCAUUUUAAUUUUCUGUUAUAUCUGUUUUGUCCUUAGCAGCCGAGUUCUGUAGCUAACUUCAUGCCACAUACAUAAAUUAGCUUAUAAUGCUUUAGGUAAGAUUUGCUGCGUAAUUGUGUUCAUAGACUGACGAGCGAUAAUUUGGAUUGUUUAAAACAGUGGUAGACAUUUGUUUACCGAUAGACUUAGUACACAAAAUUCACACAGAGUGCCUAAUACGAUCAUUUCUCCCUUCAUUGUUAGCCAUAAUUUUUGUUUAUUUUAGUCUGGCGAUAAUUCUGCUGUUGAUCCGACUUAAUUCAGCCCCGACUCAAUUUGUGAUCGGUCAAUUCUGUUUGAAACACCAGAAGUAUCGCCAUUAUGUCGAAAUAUAGUUAUAGUUUUUAAUUUAAUUUUUUUUUGGAACGACAAAUGCAUUGGAUAAUUCCUGUCACCGACUGCAUGGGAUUUCUGAAGAUCUAUGAAAUUUGAUUCACCUUAACGAAGGCUUUAGAUUAUUUCACUUAGCUUUAUUUAUAUAAGUUAUUUCUCGAUAAUGUAAUAUGUGAGGAUGAAACGCACUACGUUAUUUGGGCUUUUUUUUUAUAUGUAUUUUGUUUAGUUAGUAACAAUUUAUUGAAUACGAAAAGGAUUUAAUUUGUUACCAAGCAUGUUCAAUAAAAAUUAGGAUAGGUCUUUUUUAAAUUGUAUUAUCCGCUCAUUACUAGUAGAUUAUUGGCGUUUAAGAACUGAAGAAAAUAAACUAGCUAAACACCAAUAAA